UGCUCAGGCAGGCUUCCAGGGAUUAUAAUCUGCUCUGAAUCUAAUCUUGACAUAAACUGCAAAACAUUGGAGGGAGUGGAAUCCCCUGGAUUACAGUGCACCAUGGUGGGUCUGAAACCGUCUGAUGUGCCUCCUCCGCUGGGCGUGAAGAUGCUGAGUGCCGGGGCGGCAGCCUGCAUAGCCGACCUGAUCACCUUCCCCCUGGACACCGCCAAAGUCCGACUGCAGAUCCAGGGAGAGAAGGCUUUGUCCCAGGGGGUCCGUUACCGCGGGGUGUUUGGUACGAUCAGCACCAUGGUGCGGACCGAGGGGGUCCGGGCCCCGUAUAACGGCCUGGUGGCAGGUCUACAGCGACAGAUGUGCUUUGCCUCCAUACGCAUCGGUUUCUAUGACAACGUCAAGAACUUCUACACAGGCGGGAAGGACAAUGCAGGUGUGGGGGUGCGUAUCCUUGCUGGGUGUACCACGGGGGCCCUGGCCGUGUGUCUGGCCCAGCCCACAGACGUGGUGAAGGUUCGUUUCCAGGCCCAGGUGAGGCUGGAGGGGGUGCCUCGGCGCUACAGCGGCACCAUGCAGGCCUACAGACACAUCUUCCAGCACGAGGGCAUCAGGGGGCUGUGGAAAGGCACCUUGCCCAACAUCACCAGGAACGCCCUCGUCAACUGCACUGAGCUGGUGACCUACGACCUCAUCAAGGAGGCCAUCCUUACACACAAACUGAUGUCAGACAAUCUGCCGUGUCAUUUCGUGUCUGCGUUCGGAGCGGGCUUCGUCACCACGGUAAUAGCGUCUCCGGUGGAUGUGGUGAAGACGCGCUACAUGAACUCUCCUCCAGGUCAGUAUCGCAGCGCCAUCAACUGCUCCUGGACCAUGCUGACCAAGGAGGGCCCCAGUGCCUUUUACAAGGGCUUCGUCCCGUCUUUUCUCAGGCUGGGCUCCUGGAACGUUGUGAUGUUUGUGUCGUUUGAGCAGUUGAAGAGAGCCAUGAUGCACACCAAGGCGACCAGCUAGACCUCCUGCCUCCACAUAGGAGAACCUGUAGGAACCUCCACACAGGAGAACCUGUAGGAACCUCCACACACACCACCAAGGAGACAAGGGACAUACAACCAUCUCUAGAACCGUGUUUCCGUCCUCACAGGAACUUCUGCUGGUGCGUGAAAAUGAGCAGAAAAUCUUUUGAAGGAUUUGUGUGAACAUUUCUUUAAAGUGCACAUUAGUAUUUGAUGCUGAACUGACAGUAU